AUGGUCCAACCCUUGAAUGGCGAAAAGUACGCUGUAACAGAUUGGAAGUCGAAAGUAAAAGUUAAAGCAUCAAAAAUUCGAUGUGACCAAGUGCAAACUGGUGGUGGUAUUAUUUGCACUCCAUUAUCCACAAUUGAAGAAAAACUACUAAGCAUAAUGGGGGAAAAAGCUAUGGAGGGAGAUCCAGAUGUUGUAGAACUAGGACAGAAUUUGCAAAUUUCGACUCCAUGUACCUCGGUUUCGGAAACUACAACAGAAUCCACUUUUAUUAUUAACAAAGAUACUGAUCAUACAUAUAUAAGUAAGCAGUCAUUGAUAGUAAAUAAAGACAAAUUCAACAGAAAUCAAUUAGAUAAUAGUGACAAAGGAAAUAAUUCUAAACUGCAAACUGGUGGUGGUGGUAUUAUUUGCACUCCAUUAUCCACAAUUGAAGAAAAACUACUAAGCAUAAUAGGGAAAAAAGCUUUGGAGGGAAAUCCAGAAGUUGUAGAACUAGGACAGAAUUUGCAAAUUUCGACUCCAUGUACCUCGGUUUCGGAAACUACAACAGAAUCCACUUUUAUUAUUAACAAAGAUACUGAUCAUACAUAUAUAAGUAAGCAGUCAUUGAUAAUAAAUAAAGACAAAUUCAACAGAAAUCAAUUAGAUAAUAGUGACAAAGGAAAUAAUUCUAAACAUAAGCGUUGUAAAGUAAGUAGUAUACAUGGUAUGUCUAAAAACUUACAGAACAUGAGCCAACAAACAAUUCAUAUCCUUGAAAAGAUAGACGUAAAUUUGGAAAAAAUUUGUAGAAAUUUGGACAGAAUUGCAGACUCGACAGAAGACUAAAGACUUAACUAAAGACUUAACUAAAAUUUUGAAAGAGAAUAAAUAAUUAACUGUGAUUUAUAUGGAUGCUUUAUUUUUAUUAUAUACU